UCUUUUUUUACUGCCUCUUAUUCAAAUUUGGGUCAGGGGUGAGGAUUUCUCACGUCACACAAGCUUGCAGGCAAGAUGGCGCUCGGAAAGCUGUGAGAUGUGAGAGCAGAAUGACUGUUUGAAGAGCUCCUGUCGAUGCAUUAAGGUUUCAUAGGUGAAGAAAAAGAAGUUGGAAAUGGAAUUGCCAAAUCAUGCCAAACAAUUGCUGCUGCAGCUAAACCAACAAAGAGCCAAAGGUUAUCUGUGUGAUGUGAUCAUAGUAGUAGAAAAUGCCCUUUUUCGGGCCCACAAGAAUAUCCUGGCAGCCAGCAGUAUCUAUUUCAAAUCCCUUAUCCUUCAUGACAACUUGAUUAACCUUGACACAGACAUGGUCAACCCGUCAGUUUUCCGGCAGGUACUGGACUUCAUUUAUACUGGCAAGCUUUUAUCGUCUGAUCAGUUCAGUGACCACAAUUUUAGUGCCCUUCUAACGGCAGCAAGCUACCUCCAACUUCAUGACCUGGCUGCUCUCUGCAGAAAGAAGCUCAAGCGUAAUGGGAGAUCCCUUCUUAAUAAACCAACCACACCUACCAAUGGAAGAACGUCUAGGAACCAAAGGCUGUCCUCUACACCUGUAACUCCAAACCAAAUGUCAGGGUUAAAAGACAGUGAGAAGACAAAGAGGCAUGAGGAGCUACUCAAAGAAGACUUGUCUGAUGAUGAGAUGUUUGUGAGAAACACCCACUGUACAACCUCAGCAAAUUCGCUCAGUCCCUCAACGAGUAAGAAUGGAAGCAAUGGCAGUUGUGGCAUGCAGGAACUUGGCCUAGACCUUUCCAAGAAAAGCCCCUCGGGGAGCACAGCCACUGAAGAAGUAAGUCCCAGCAGCAUCCCACAAGAAUCACCUCAGUCUGCCUCAGAAUCCAUAGCCAACAGUGCCUCAUUUGAUGAGAACACCAACACGCAGAACCUCACUGCUGGAGAGCCCAUGGAGCUGGGCAGAGGAGAAUGCGAAGAAAGCCAACCGCCUCCGGAUGUUGAAAAGCGUAAAAGUUCCCGGCAGGUCGCCCGGCAGAGAAGGCAACCCAAGAGUGAAGGCAACAAGAGGGAAGAUGCAAAACGAGGAAUUUUACCCAACAGUGUUGUCAAAAGAUUUAAAGUAGUUGGGGAGAGGCUCCCUGGUGGAGGAAAUGGCAAUUCCGAAGUAUCCUUCCAGUGGAAAGAUGAUGAGGAAGGUUUAGAGAACGGACAGGAGCAAAGUGAAGAGAGUGGACAGAGCGAGUGUGAAGGUGGACGGAAUAGCGCCAAUUACGUCUUCCGACAGGAAGGCUUUGAGCCUGCCCUUGGUGACAACCUUUAUGUUUGCAUCCCCUGUGGUAAAGGCUUUCCGAGCUCAGAGGAACUGAAUGCCCACGUGGAGACCCACACAGAGGAAGAGUUGUACAUCAAAGAGGAGGAGGAUGAUUCCUAUCCAAAGGAAGAUGAAGUAGAAGCGGAAGACUUGUCUUCACAAGUAACCCAUGUCCUUGGCACAGAGUCCCGUCGCUUCAGCUGCUCGGUCUGCAACAAGAGCUACAAAGAUCCAGCCACUCUUCGACAACACGAGAAGACUCACUGGCUCACCCGUCCCUUCCCCUGCAACAUCUGCGGCAAGAUGUUCACCCAACGUGGCACCAUGACCCGCCACAUGCGCAGCCACCUGGGCCUGAAGCCAUUCGCCUGCGACGAGUGCGGCAUGCGCUUUACCCGUCAGUACCGGCUCACGGAGCACAUGCGGGUUCACUCAGGUGAGAAGCCGUACGAAUGUCAGCUAUGUGGGGGUAAAUUUACCCAGCAGCGUAACCUCAUUAGCCACCUACGAAUGCAUACCUCCCCUUCAUAAGCCAAAGACACCUUGAACAGUAGACCCUCAGCAAAAAGAGUCAAUGCACACAUCUUCCUUUUGAAGUACACUGCAAGGAGCCGAUAACCCAAAGCUGGGUUCUCUUCUGCUGUUAAUUACAGGAGGAACCUUUCAAACAAUAAGUCCCAACAAUGGAAAAAAUAAACCAAUCGGUAUGAGUUUAUGGGCAUAUGAUUUUUAUUUUGUAUGAAUUUUGCUGUGAAUGAUAAACAGAGGUACUAAUGCUGUUGUAUGAUUCCUUGGGAUAUUGUGACCACUCUCAACCACUAUAAUCCAUGCAUUGUUUCACAAGUCCAUGUGGUCUGUCUGAUUGUUAAGGGUUUUGCGUGUCCCGGAAAUAUUCCUUCUUUCCAUUCUUGGUCCUUGAUAAAUUAUCACUCUCGAGAUUUCUGGCGAAAUAUUUUAUGUAAAACACUCAGCAAGGUUUGAGCUUGUACUGACCAAGUUAUUCUAUACACAAAGGUUCUUAUUCUUUGAAGUGUCUCCUAAGGGUCUCAAAGAUCGUGUUGUCAGACAUGCAAAAUGGCUUGUCUGUCGUCAUUUAAGUGGUGUUUCAUAAAAGCUUUGUGCAUCCAACCAAACAUUUCCCAGUAUACCUACUCUGCACUUCACAUCCAUUGGCUUAAUUCUUGGUGUAGCUGGAAAACAGGGUCUUUGUAAGUUUUGUACUGUGGUUGAUGAUUUGGUGAUAGGAGUUGGCAUGAAUUUACUCUAAUGUACCCUGUUCCUACAUCUGGAUGCAAGCCAAUGCAAAGUGGUGACGAGAGGCCAUGGGUGUCUUUUUUGUCGUUUACUCGCAUAGUAUAUAGGGUUUUAUUCUCAAAGAAAAGCCAAACUUAAAGGUACUUGUUUUUAGAUUUCUUUAGAUAACUUAUUGGUAUGCUUCUGUGAAUGAAUUAACUGGAAGUUCUUUCCUUUAUUUCUUUAGGAUCAGUGAGGGUUGGGUUGAUUUGGGUGAUGGGUUGGGCAGGGUUCAUUUUAGUGAUACUGAACUUCAGAAAAUCUGUCUAGUGUUUUUUUUAUUAGUAUUUUCCCUUCACUGAACAAGGCGAGUCCAUAAGGUAUCGUCUCAUUGCUACCUCUUAAUUAAGAACAAUACAUUACUUGCAGCUAUGGAGGUCUCUGAAUAUAGGUGUAUAUAUAGUUUGCUGAGGCUUUCAAAAUACUUGCAACCUGCCCAUCAACAAAGGUUUUAAGUUUUAAAAGCAUUAUCGUAGAGAAUUAGUUUUUUUUGGGCACAUGUAUUUAAGGUAUUGAGAGUUUUAUGUCAAGAGAAAUCCAAAGAGAAAUGUAAUAUUGGGGAGAAUGGCUUACCAACAAACGUUUCCUGUAGAAUAUCCCUACCAAAGUUUUUAGAUUGCAUUGCAGGAGGUAAGGAUGUACUUUUGUCUUUUAGUUCUUGAUGAAGAGCAAUGUAGUGGGAGGUUAGUUUGUACUUGACAUUUUACUAAAAACCAAUGAAAUCUUCUGGUGGUUGGUGGGCCACUGGCUUUCUAUUUUUUUUUUUUAAGUUUACAGAAGUUUUUCAGGAGUGUCUGGAUUCUUACUUUGUCUGCAGAGAGACUUUGAAGAACUUCAGAAGGACUCAUUUAUUUUAGUUCAGACCAAGAGAAAACUGCAUAACAAGUGUCGUAGGUUUUUUAGUUACAUGUUGAACAUACUUGGAAAGCUUACUGAAUGAGGAGGAAUUGAUGCACUGGAUUGCUUAUUAGCCAUCAGUCCCAAAUAAAACAUUGUUCAGAAACCAUGCUAAGUUACAUGGUGUCAAGUUAAAACCAUGAUUAUUUACUCAUUGAAGGUAUUAUAUAAAGUAAGCAUGUUGAAAAUAAUUUAAGGUUACUCAAAAUGCUGGUAAUUGUGUCGGGUGAAUGUUACAUGAUCAGUGUUGGGUAAACGCUGAUGGAUGUAUUUAUAGUUCAGUGUUGAAUUCUUUGCUGCCAUCUUCAUUUCAUAACUGAGUUACGAUUAAUUAUUCCGCCAAUCCCAGUGUAUCACAUUCCAUGAGUAAUUCUUAGCCUUCUUAAUGUAAAAGUCUUAAUGGCAUUCCUUUUUUCUGGUUCUUACUCCAAAGUCUUGUGUUUGUGCUUGUUAAUGAUGAACUUUGGGGUGCAGCUAUAGACGUGUUAAUGGAGUAGUGUUUACAGAUAACCUGUUUCCUGGAAUUCUGUCAGUCUUUAAUUUUUCUGUUUUUUUUUCAUUGAUUUUUAAAGUUGUAUACUGAAGAUGUGUGCAACUCGUUCCAUUUACACACAGUAUUCAUGUGAUUUCAGCAUAGCACCAAAGCUUAGCCAGUUAUAUUUAACUUUAACCCAAUGCAAGUAACCAAAAUGUCUUAUUUACUAAGUUGUGCACAUCUUGGAUGUUAGAUUUUGUUUUGUUACAGUAUAAGUGCGCUCUGGUGUUGAUGCACACCUCAACUCAGGGAGACUUCUUAAAUAUUUUUUUGUUGUCAAACAUAUUGAACAGGAUUCCAGGAAAAGGUUCCCAUUGAUAUCUUGCUAAUAUACAAGCACUUCAUUUGAAAACCAUCAAAAAAUUAUGUCUUGGGUGAUACGAGGCUCUGUUGUUGAUUCCAGCGUUUGAGACUAUAGCUGAGAGAACUGGGAGAGCGGAAAAAUGGAUGACACAAAGUUUCAAACUGUGACAAUAAUGUUUCUACUUCAAAGCUUCAGGGAUAGUUCUGCAUAUUUUGAAAUGCGGAGCUUUCGACUACAUUUGUAAGACUGUGUCAAUUUCUGUAUUUUAUUGAUGAAAAGCAAAACACUAGUUUCCUACGAAAUAGAUUUUAAGAGUGUGUUCCCAUUUCAAAACGCCUUCAAAAAACAAAAAAAACAAAUGAAAAAAUAAAACAAAUCCAGAGAUGUACAUGGAAGAGUUUUACUUUUAAGUUCAAGAGUGUUUUUUGAAAAAAAACAAGCAUUCUAGUAAGCGCAAAAUGUAUAAACUAAUAAGAUGAAAGCUCAUACCCAAAUUUUCUGACUAUUUUCUAAACCAAAGCACAUUUUGAAUGAUUGAUUGAUUGAUUGAUUGACAGCUUGUCUGACAUUUAAAGAUACUUGUGUAUAAUAUCUCAUUGUUUACAUAAACUCUUUACAGUCAUAGACCUCAGGUGAGGAGAGGCCAGUUUGGACCUGCUUCCGUGUUUAAACGAAUCGUAACCGUGUGUCUUACCCUGUGAACGCAGCCGCAUGCUUUUGAUUUGGAUGGGCUGCUACUUUUAUUGAUCUGCGACUGGCCCUUUAAGACGUGCCGAGACAUCCCCUUCUGAAAAAAUCAUGUUGUUGACAUCAUUAUUUUUAUGAAUCUGCUGCUUUUCUUUUUUCUUUAAAAAAAAUGUAAAUACGCAUGAAUAAAACGACAAACACAUUUACCUCAAAGUAACUUUUUAGAACUUGCUGCAUAUAUAAAUAUAUAUAUUUUAUUUGUAAAAAUUCUUUGCAUCAUCAUCUCUCUUAGUUUUAGUUUUUCAAAAACUGUGUUGUAAGUAUUCUGAGCUGCCUGUGUUUUUUUUUUUUUUUUUGUCCAUAAAAGAAGCAACUUAAAAACCGACUGGCCUCUCCUCCAUCUACUUUGGUGCAAACACUUACUGACAGUGUUCACUUUUUUUUUUUUUAUCAAAUGUCUAUUGUCAGUGAUGAAUGUAUUUAUUUGUUUGAUCCUGUUUUCACACUUUAAGCUUUCACUUUGGGUGAGACGACGUGUCUUCAGGGUCUGAUGUAUUCUGUCGUAGUAAGCUGAGAGGUAAACUGAAAAAAAUGACAAGACGGAUCAUUUUCAAACCUGUGAAGACGUAGACAUGAGGAAUGUAUUUCUCCAUGAAGUGUCCAUCAUAAAGGAUGUAUCCCACAUCGUUUUGUAAUCUUAUCUCACUCAAAGCAUGCACGUGCUCUGGAUCAUGUGUUUCCUGUCACGGACACUUGAAGGCUGUUUGUCGACUUUAAAUGUUCUCUGUCUGUACGCCUCUGCCCGCCGAUACAGGAAGGGACCUUUUAGAAUUGUGUUAAAGGCAUUCAAGGUUGUGUUUUCUGUACUGAAAGCUGUCGUGUUGUUGCACGCUGCGAUUCAAGGCUGCCAGUCGAUUCCAUUUUUCUCUCUAAGGGAGUUUUAUAUACAAAUGCCCAACAGAGCCAAAGGUUUUUCCUUAGAAACACUCAAAUCUCCUAAUUUUUUCACUGUAAGACCACAUCUUUUUAAGCUUUAUACAAUGCACUUUCUAAGUUCUCACUGAGGUCCUUCACACAUUACAUCUCAUCAGUUAUUUACAGAUUUACUGAAGCUUUGAGUAAAUGCAAAGAUUAUAACUCACACUUGUUUGCUGCUAACGUGUAGUUUUGUCCAACUUUACAUAUCCCAGAUAGUAUUAUAUGUUGUUUUUGUUAAACAUUGCCUUUUGUCAAUGUAACUGGCAAGUGUCAGGGACCUUAAGUUACCAAACCAACCCAAACUAACUAAACCAAAGCCAGAUUUACAAGCACGUGCAUAGCAGGUGGGCAUGUUUCCCAUAUGUUUUUACUUAAACACCAUAUUGCAUUGCUAGCCUGUCCACCAUACACGUUCUAAUUUAGCAUUCCAGUAACUUUUUUUAUGAGCCGAUUAAUAUUUAUUUUCAUUCUGACUGAGCAGGGCACAAGAUUAGAGAGAAAUUUGGAGGAAAA